UUUUUAAAACUAUUAUUCAAUGUACAAUACCAGCGAUGCUUGGUGUGCCGGUAAACAUUGUUGCCUUUCAAAUGACCCCAUUUCUUACUUCAAAGAUUUUUCACUUUCUUUCUCCUUUUCUUUUCUGUUUUUCCUUUCGAAUUUUUGGUCUUUGGUUUGUUGUGCUUUGCUGUGAGUGUUUAUUGGUCAAUCUGAAGAAUUUGGUUUUAAUAUAGAAGAAAAACAGUGAACGUGCUAUUCUUUGUCUUUGUUGUCUUAGACUAAAACACUUCACGCUUGGAAGAUAACAUGAUUAGUGUUGUUUCUCUGUGAAAUCCCACUUAUUUUAUAUGGCAAGAGAAAAAAAGAAGAAAACCUUUUUUUUUUUUUUCGUAGAGAGAGAUGAUGGAUAUCUUUGGAGUUUGAGCUGUUUUACAUCUUUUGAGAGCCAUGCUUGUCUCUGAGAAUUGAAAAGCUUUCUCUUUUUUGAGUUCUGGGUCUUUCUUCUCUUCUCUCGCUGGAUUGUGACAACUAGUUCUUCAGGCCAUUUCUUUGUUAAGCUUGUGUUUGUGUUUAAAAACUUUUGGUUAUUGAAUCACGCAAAACAAUGCUAUGAUGAUAAAUAAACUUGGAGUUUUAGCUUAGCAAGUAUCCUUUUCUUUCUGUUUCAGAAAAAAAAGGAAGCUGUUGAAAUUGCCAGUACUAUAGAGAAAGUUGUCUUAUUUGUGGUGUAUUGUGUAUGCAUGUUUUCUUGGAGCUUUUUCUAGCUCAGAUAUGAAGUGGGUAUCAAAGAAAGAAGAAGAAAAACAAGAAGGCAUAGAGAAACAAGUUGAGAUAGUCUUGUGCUUUUGCUGAUGGGUCUCAAGCUGCAACAGAGCCACCACCACUCAGUGGCUGUGAAAGUGAGUGAACAAAUGGGGACCAAAAGAGGGUACACAUUUAUUCAGGCUAACAGGGCUUGGCUACCAAAAUUUCUGUUGCUUUGGGUAAUGGUGAUGGCUUUUAUGAGCACUUGGAUCUACAAAAACAUGGAUGCUGACAACAAAGUAAGGAGGAAGGAAGUACUGAGUAGCAUGUGUGAUCAGAGGGCAAGGAUGUUGCAGGAUCAAUUCAGUGUUAGUGUUAACCAUGUUCAUGCCCUGGCCGUUCUAGUCUCCACUUUUCAUUACUACAAGAAUCCAUCUGCUAUUGAUCAGGAGACCUUUGCAGAGUACACUGCCAGAACUGCUUUUGAGAGGCCAUUGCUUAGUGGGGUGGCCUAUGCAGAAAGAGUGGUACAUUCAGAGAGGGAGAAAUUUGAGAGGCAGCAUGGCUGGACAAUAAAGACAAUGCAGAGGGAACCUUCUCCUAUUCGAGACGAGUAUGCUCCUGUGAUAUUCUCUCAAGAAACUGUUUCUUACAUUGAAUCGCUUGACAUGAUGUCAGGGGAGGAGGACCGAGAAAACAUCUUAAGGGCUAGGGCUACUGGGAAAGCUGUGCUAACUAGCCCCUUCAGGCUACUGGGUUCUCAUCAUCUUGGAGUUGUAUUGACAUUCCCUGUCUACAAAUCCAAGCUCCCACUGAGACCGACUGUGGAAGAGCGCAUUGAAGCAACUGCAGGAUACCUUGGUGGAGCCUUUGAUGUGGAGUCUCUUGUGGAGAAUCUACUAGGGCAACUUGCUGGAAAUCAGGCAAUUCUAGUGAAUGUGUACGACAUUACUAACUCUUCAGAUCACCUGAUCAUGUAUGGUCACGAAAAUCAAGAUGGUGACUUGGCUCUGUUGCAUGAAAGCAAGCUUGAUUUUGGAGAUCCUUUUAGGAAGCAUCAAAUGAUUUGUAGAUAUCAUCAGAAGGCACCCACAUCGUGGACAGCGCUGACCACUGCAUUCUUAUUCUUUGUGAUCUGCUUAUUAGUUGGUUAUAUCUUAUAUGGUGCGGCAAUACACAUUGUUAAAGUUGAAGAUGAUUUCCAUGAAAUGGAAGAACUGAAGGUUCGGGCAGAAGCUGCUGAUGUUGCCAAAUCACAGUUUCUGGCAACAGUUUCUCAUGAAAUUAGGACUCCCAUGAAUGGCAUCCUUGGGAUGCUUGCUUUGCUUUUAGAUACAGAAUUAAGUUCAACACAAAGGGAUUAUGCUCAGACUGCUCAAGUGUGUGGAAAGGCACUGAUAACAUUGAUAAAUGAGGUGCUUGACCGGGCAAAAAUUGAAGCCAGAAAGUUGGAGCUGGAAACUGUCCCCUUUGACCUUCGUUCUAUCCUAGAUGAUGUGCUUUCUUUAUUUUCUGAGAAGUCUAGAAACAAAGGUGUCGAGCUGGCAGUCUUUGUUUCUGAUAAAGUACCAGAAAUGGUUAUGGGGGAUCCAGGAAGAUUCAGACAGAUAAUUACAAAUCUUGUUGGGAACUCUGUUAAAUUCACAGAACGGGGACACAUAUUUGUUAAAGUCCAUCUAGCUGAAAACACUAAGUCUAUGGUAGAUGCAAAAGCUGAAACUUGUUUGAAUGGAAGGCCAGAUGAAAAUGUGCUGAUAUCAGGUGCUCGCCAGUUUAAAACUUUGAGUGGUUAUGAAGCAGCUGAUGAGCGGAACAGUUGGGAUUCCUUCAAGCAUUUAGUUGCUGAUGAAGAAUUGCGAUAUGAUGCAUCAAUAAACAUGACAGUUGCUGAUGAGGCUUCUCGGAGUGUCUCUUUGAUGGUAUCUGUGGAGGAUACUGGCAUUGGGAUCCCUUUGAUUGCCCAGGAAAGGGUUUUCAUGCCAUUUAUGCAGGCAGAUAGCUCAACGUCCAGAAAUUAUGGUGGGACUGGUAUAGGCUUGAGCAUUACUAAGUGCUUGGUUGAGUUAAUGGGUGGUCACAUAAGCUUCAUUAGCCGGCCACAAGUUGGAAGCACAUUCUCAUUCACUGCUGUUUUUGGGAGGUGUAAAAAUGCUUCAUUUACUGAUACGAAAAAAUCCAAUGCUGAAGAUCUUCCUUCUGGUUUCAGAGGAUUGAAAGCAAUAGUAGUUGAUGGAAAACCAGUUAGAGCUGCUGUAACCAGAUACCACUUGAAGAGGCUUGGUAUACUGGUUGAAGUUGCAAGUAGUAUCAAGAUUGCAGCUUCUGCAUGUGGGAAAAAUGGUUCUUCAUGCGGAAGUAAAAUCCAGCCAGAUAUAAUUCUUGUUGAGAAAGAUUCAUGGCUUUCUGGCGAGGAUGGUGGCUUGAGCUUACGAAUAUUGGACUGGAAACAGAAUGGACAUGCGUUUAAGUUGCCGAAGAUGAUUCUUCUUGCAACAAAUAUUACGAAUGCUGAACUUGAGAAAGCAAAGGCAGCAGGUUUUGCUGAUACUAUGAUUAUGAAACCUAUGAGGGCAAGUAUGGUGGCUGCAUGUCUUCAACAGGUGCUGGGGAUAGGGAAGAAGAGGCAGUCCGGAACAGACAUGCUGAAUGGCUCUUCAGUCCUUCGGAGUCUACUCUUUGGAAAGAAAAUAUUAGUAGUUGAUGACAAUAUAGUAAAUCGUAGAGUUGCUGCUGGUGCAUUGAAGAAGUUUGGAGCUGCUGUAGAAUGUGCUGAAAGUGGAAAAGCUGCACUAAAAUUGCUUCAGCUUCCACACUGUUUUGAUGCUUGCUUCAUGGACAUUCAGAUGCCAGAAAUGGAUGGGUUUGAGGCAACUCGUCGAAUUCGAAUGAUGGAGAGUCAGGCAAAUGAACAGAUGAACGGAGGCAUGGAUGAAGGGUCUGCCAGGAAGGGUGAGUGGCAUGUGCCAAUAUUAGCCAUGACAGCUGAUGUAAUUCAUGCGACUUAUGACGAGUGCCUGAAAUGUGGGAUGGAUAGAUAUGUCUCAAAGCCCUUUGAUGAAGAAAAUCUCUAUCCGGCUGUAGCCAAGUUCUUCAAAGCCAAACCCAUCUCAGACUCAUAGCGACAGCUCCACCCUCUUUCAGAAAAGCUGACAAAACAAAACUGAGAAAUAUAUGUGGGUUGGACUUUACCAGCAAGGUUUCCCAUCCUGCUGGUGCAUUUUGGUUUUAACCUCUGCAUGGUUUGCUUGGCAUCCUGAGGAUAAUUGACCCCGUUAAAACAUAUUCUGGCAAUCAUUUUUAACCAACUUCAAUUUAAUUAACUUGAUUAGAAUUUCAGUACUUGUAUACUACCACAGGAACUUCAUCCCAAUCUGUUUGUAUAGAUCUUCACAAAGGGAUCGAGUCAAAGGUGUAAAUCUCAUUUUCUCUUGGGAUUUCAGAACUUUCAUUUGGAAAGGGUUCCGAUCCUUGUGCCUUGAUUUUUAUAAAUUCUGUUAUCAGAAAGAGGGAGCUACAAGUAGAACAGCCUGCUCUUACAUGAUUUUCGUUUUGAAAUUCCGAGUUUAUAGGCAGCGGCAAUGCAAAAAAGGUUGAUCUUCUUAUGCCCUUUUCUUAUUCAUGAUUAUUGGAAACAAGUGAAUGGUUGAUUUGAACAACUAGAGGACAGCUAUAUCAAAGCAAUGCAAGUUAUGGAAUUGCAAGAACAGGAGGCAGUACGAGUGGGCAAUUAGCUUCGCAAUCUGCUUUUACGUAAUAGCAUGGAUGUGAUUCUUUUGAUAUCCAGCACCAACAAUCUCGUAAUAAGAAGGCCUCGGUGUCUGCUACACCGCAUGGUCUAUGACUGCAUGGUCCUAGUGUUAUUUGCUGCCUGCUGGUACGGUCAAAUCAAGCUUGAUGCCAUUGCCAUGGACGCUUCUUCUGCUACCUGUUCAAAUUGAAGGUUCCAUUAAAAGAAAAAAAAAUCAUUUCGAUGUAUAAAACUACAUGAGAUACAUCUGAAGAUCAAAAGGGUAUAUGAAAAAUUAAAAAAAUUAAAGGUAUAAGGUACAAAUUAAACGAAGUACGCACAUUCUUGAAAAACGUAAAGAGAGGCAAAAACUAGGAAUAGGAAACCCAAACAAGCAGCCAUUGACUUGGUUGCUACAUGUUGACAAGAAAUAUUAUGGGUCUUUUCCAAAGCUUUUCAAUAUAUAUACCAUAAUCACUAUGAUAUAAAUGGAAAUACAAUAAAUAAAUAAUACUAUUAUUAUUGGAGAGAUCCUCUCUCAUUCUUUUUUCUUAACUAUUUAUUAUGUUAUAAGUGGACCCAAAAUAAAUGUAAAUCAGUUAAAAGCUCAACAGUUAAAUUUGUAUGCUUAAUUAUAUAGUUAAUAUUUGGCUUUUCCUAAAAAGGAAAGAAACCA